AUGGAAAAAGUUUUGAAAGGUCUUUACGAAAUUCCAAGGGAAGUAUUUGAUUUAAUUGUUGAUGAUUUAAACAUUGAACAGAAGAUUUGCUUUUUAUAUGAUCAACAUCUCAAAUCAUGGAUCAUACCACAUUUAUUAAAAAAAGUUGAGGUUAAUAAGUCCAAUGCAAAUGUAAUGAUUAAUGAUUUUCAUCAAUAUUCAAAAUUAGAACCAUUUUUACGUCCAAUUGAUAGAAUAAUACGAUUUAAAUCAAUAAAAAGUUUGGUUUAUAUAAUGAAUAAGUAUAAAGUUUAUCCUGAGAUACUAUGUACUUCAGAAUUUGGUAAAUUGGAUGAACGUUAUAUCCCGUCAUUAAAUAAAAUUAAAGAAGUUAGAAUAAAAUGGGGUCAAUCAACUCAAUAUUUAAAAUUGGUUACAUUAUUACAUACUAGAGUUGUUUUGAUGAUUUCAAGUAUGAAAUUUAGUGAUUUGUUAUACUUGACCAAUAUUAAGAAAUUAAGUUUUGGAAAUAUCAUUGAUGAUAUUAAUUUAAAGGGCACAAAUUCAAAUUUAUCACAUUUAAGUUUUCAUAAAGAGCCAUAUAUGUUAAAUAAACUACUAUCAUAUUAUAAUUCAGUGACUUAUUUGGAUUUAAGUGCAACUUGGUUAAAUGAUGUAAUUUAUAGCACUGCAGAGUUUAAUUUACCAAUAUCAUUAAAUGAUUUAUAUCUUGAAUAUUUUGAUUUAACUUCGUAUUCAUCAUUAAGUAAACUAUCAAAUUUGCAAAGGCUUAAAAUUAAACAAUCACAGUUUCCAAUAGAGUUAUUUAACAGUGAUGUGGAUUAUUUUAAUAACAUGCUCUGUUUUAGCUAUCUGGUAUCUAGUGCUCAUAUACUAAGUUUACAACAACUAGAAGAUGAAGAAAGAUAUUUAUUUACUUUUGAUUCAACAGUUUCAUUUCCAAAUAGGUUAAGACAUUUAGAGAUAAAUUGUACAUUUAUCACAAUUGAUGAAUCAUUUAAAUUACCAUCAAAUUUACAACACCUCGAUCUUGAUGUAAAUUACAAUGGUUUUAAAGCUAGAGAGAUGAUAAAACCAAAAAAUACAAUAUGUAGAGAUUGUCAAAAAUGGUAG